AUGUACGGAAAUAGAUUACUGUCGCAGUCGUCGGGGCUAAGACUGGCUGAGCUCUACGCAUUGGCGAUGCAGCAGAAACAGGAAACCCAUAGCGAUGGAAAUGGGGACAUGGGAGGUGGUCAAGGGGAUGAGGAACCCGAAAGACCAGCGGAUUUGUACAGUAAUGACCUUGGGUUCCGUGCGAGCGAGGCUGAUACGAGACCGGUAUCUUCUGGGCAGGUGCAUCAGGAGCCGAAGACUCUGGCGAGGCAACAACAGGUUUCCCUGCUUAUGCAGCAGUCGCAGCAGCAGUCGCAGUCGCAGUCGCAGGGGCAGUCACCGGCGCAUUCGCAGCAGCAUCGCCGUUCCCCUUCACCCUUCCUUCGCCAGGAGCCGCAAGGGGAUGCAUCGGUACAAGUCCAUGCGCAGCAGUCGGGCGGGCGGAAAUGCGGAGAAGGCGGAGCAGAGGCACCUGAACGGGCAGCCACCUCAGCAGCUGAACGGGUGGCACGAGUCGAUCAGACAGCAGGCGGUGCCGUUACAACAGCUGCAGCAGGAGGCAGAGCAGCGGCUGGGUUUCCCAGCACAGCCAGCAUUGGGGAGUCGGUUCCAGAGGCAGAUCGCAGGGCAUCAGGACGGACAGGAGGGGCAAAAGGGACAGGAGGGACAGGAGUGGCACGAGGGGCUGGAGGCGCAGGCUUAACAUCAGAGGCAUCAUUAGGCGGAGGAGCCACAGGGGGAGGCACAGGAGGAGCGGAAUUGUACAAAGAGGUGGAAAUGGUGGUGGACAGGGGACGGUCGCACCUGCUGUCCGAAGCAGCACGGGCGAAGCACGACGCAGCGAGGCUGAGAGCUGACGUGUGGCACAUGUGGCGGGAGGUGGCGAGAGCUAAAGAAGACGUGGCACGGGCGCGGGAAGAAGGGGCGAGAAUGGCAGAGAAAGCAGCAGGGUCGUUAGAGCAGGCAGCCGUUGCACUGGAGCUUGCUGCAGCCUGCGAACAUGCAGUGGGGGGUUGUGUGGGGAAAGAAGGGGAUGGGAGCGCUGGGAUUCGCGUGGUUGUAAGAAUUGAAAAUGCUGUGGGUGCAGGGUCGUUCGGGGGAGGUCCAGCAGGAACGGGAGCCACCUCCACUCCCUCGUCGGCAGCUUCCUCACCACGGUCCCUCCAUGCCGAGCCGUUUGGUUCGGCCGUACGUGGCUCGUCGGGUCGGGGUAACCGAUCCUUCCCGUCCGUUGUGCCUAUCCGGCUUCCCUCGCGGAUGACUGGCGCGCAGGCUUGGUCCCUGCCUCGCAGCGCCACCUGCACGCCAAACAAAACCUCUGCGUCAGCUUUGCCUCCCCCAUCCCCCAACACUCUCAGAAAAAAGCUAUCCAUCUGGAGUGUGGCAUCGGGUUCGUCUGCCGCUGCCACUGCCAGCGCUGCUGCGGCUGGAGCUGACGGCUCUGCUGGCAUGGGUGGUGCUGCCAGUGCUGCUGCUACCAGUGCAGCUGCUGACGCUGCUCCAGAGCCGGAUUCUCCUUUUGGAGGAUUCCCUUUAGGGUCAGGAAGCGGUGGUAGUGGUGUUGGGUUGGGGAGCGGCCCUGGGAGCAACAGCAGCAGGCCUGGUAGUGCCUCCAGUCGGCCCGGCAGUGGGAGAGUGAGAUUAGUUGCAGGGGGAGGUAGUGCCGGCAGUGGAGUCAUGGGGAGUGGCAGUGAGGGUGCGUUUCUAGCAUCCCAGCAGCAGCAACAAACGCAGCAGGUGCUGGUAGUCCAUCAAAGGUCUCACUCGCAGCAGCAGCAGCUUCUGCGGCUGCAGCAACAACAGCAGCAGCUGGGAAACAGCGCUGCUUCGUCCGGACCUGCUGUCCAGGCUUGGCCGAGCCACAAGAGGCCCAACAGUUGUGACGGCUAUAUCUCGUCCAAUCAGACGUCUCCGCGAGCUGACUCAGUGGCGGACGUAGGAGAUUCCGAUGGCAGUGAUGCCAAGGGGUUGGAGGGCUCAGUGGCUGGAGGGGGAAGUGGUGAUCUUUCUGCCGCUGCUUCUUCUGCUGCUACAUCUGGAGCAGCAGCAGGAAACCCUGCAGUACGCCGGAUAUCCUCCGCAGUAGGUAUGGGAGCAGCAGGUUCGGGAGGCGCUGGCCGGUCUGGUCCGGGGUCAGGCCCGAUGGUGGUUCGGGGAAGUCGGGUUUUAAGGAAGAUCAGCACCUCUCCAAUGAGAGUCUUACAAGCUGUCAACUUGCCCCCUUCGGGGUCAGCAGCAGCAGGGGCCGCUCCAGGGGCAGUGGUGGGAGCUGCUUGGGCAGAUGGAGGAGGAGUUAUCGGAGGAGGGCGAGGAGGGGGGCUUAUGGGUAAAACACGGGGGGCGAGCAACAGUGUUCCCGUUCCUCCUCCUCCUGCUGCUGCUGCUGCUGCUGCUGCUGCUGCUGCUGCUGCUGCUGCUGCUGCUGCUGCUGCUGCUGGUGGUGGUGGUGGUGGUGGUGGUGGUGGUGGUGGUGGUGGUGGUGGUGGUGGUGGUGGUGGUGGUGGUGGUGGUGGUGCUGCUGCUGCUGCUGCUGCUGCUGGUGCUGCUGCUGCUGGCUCUGCUGUUGCUGGUGGUUCUGCGGGUUCUGCUGCUGCUGGCGGUGGUUCUGGUGGCGGGACAGGGGCAGGGACGCCUCCUAAUGUUCAUGACUCGGUGGCUCGUAGCGACAGCAGCAGGAGCGAGGAGCAGAAGAUGCCAAGACAAGCAGGCCCUCCCACAGGUGGUGCGGCUGUCACGAGUGCAGAGGUCACGAAGGUGAUGAAUCGUGCAGGUGUCGGUGAUACUGAUGCCGCUGCUGGCGCUGCUGGUGCAGCUACAGGUUCAGAAAGAGGAGGAGUGGGGAAGAGAGGAGGAGGGGGAGGAGAAGGAGGAGGGCAAGCAGGAGGGGCGGAGAAUGUAGGAAAGCAAGGUGGCAUUGUAGCUGCAGCAUCAAAUGAAUCAGCCGCAAUGGUUGGAGCUGCCACGGGGGCAAGUGCAGGAGCAGCAGUGGGGGGAACAGCAGGCACAGGUGGGUCUGGUAUGGUAAUGCAGAUGCCUCUGCCACAUCUGGCCGGGGGAGUAGCAGCAGGGUCUGCUGCUGGUGCUGGUGCAUUAGGGUUUGGGAUGUAUGGAGGGGGUACUGCUGGUGCGGGUGCAGCAGGGGCAGGGAGGGGAGGUGGUGGUAGUGGUGCUGGUGCUGGUGAUAUGAACAACCCCUUUCACCGCUCCACGUCCCUUGGUGUCUCAGAAGGCCGGCUAAUGGCCAGAGCAGCAGCGUAUGGAGGUGCCAUGAUGCGCCCUCCCAUGCACGCCAUGCCCAUGCCUGCUCAUGCCGCCGCUGCUGGUGGAGCAUUGGGACCAGCCGCUGGUUCUGCUGCUCCUGGAAUGGCUGCUGCUGCAGCAGCAGCAGCAGCGCCAGGAGGAGCGUUCUGGCAGCGGUCUAUGUCUUCCGCGCAUCAGCACAUGCACGCGAUGCAGUAUGGCCAUUUGCCUGUGCCGCUGGGUCCUCUUGGCUUCCCCACGGGCCAUUCUGCUGCGUCAUUACUGCGCCAUGGUAGUGGUCAGUUAUUCCAGCCAUACCCUGUAGGGGCGUUCGUACCACCCGGUACCUCUGCUGCUGCUGCUAAUCCUUCUGCUGCUAAUGCCGCCGCCGCAGCUGCUGCUGCUGGUGCUGGUGGUGCCGCUGCAGCUUCUGGCACUGGUUCGGCAGCAGCGGGCCAUUCUGAAGCACCAGGGCAUACAGCCAACCAUGUGCAGCCACCCUCCGGCACCUCUGCUGCUGCAGCAGCCAUGACACAAGGCCUGGCUUGGCAAACCGCGUCUCAAGCCGCUCCUGCUGCUGGUGGUGCUGGUGGCGGUGCUGCUGCUGCUGGUGGUGCUGGUGCUGGUGCUCCGAAUGCUGCAUCUGAGGCAUGGGGAAGGAGCAGCACGAUAGGAGCAUCAAGGCAUGGCUUCAGUUCCGCACACUUGCCGCGUGGCAUGGGUGCGAUGGGUUACGGGGCAGGUGCGGGCAUGAACGCGAACAUGAAUAUGGGCAUGGGCAUGGGCAUGGGUGGCAUGGGGAUGGGCAUGGGCAAUGGCAUGAAUCUGGCUCGGUCCAUGAGCAUGGAUCCAAUACAAAAGGCCAAAUGGAAGCAAGGCCUGAGGCUGAACAUUCCCAAGGAUGGCAGUGACGAUGAUGGGGAGGGGGGCAAGGCUGCCAUGGGAGGGGCAGCAGCAGCAGCCCAUGCAGCAGCGUCGGCUGGAAGAGCAGCGGCGGCCGCAUCAGCAGUCGCAGAAACGCAGGCAGCAUCCGCAGCAGCGCGGGGAAGAACUGCGGACACAGCUGCAGGAGAAGGAGCAGGAGCAGGAGCAGGAGGAGGAGGUAGAGGAGGAGGGGGAGCACGAGGCAGUAUAUUCAAGGAUCCUGCAAUCAUCCAACGGCUGGGGGGACUCGCAUCAGGAAGCUCUGCAGCGGCGGCGGGGGGUGGGAGGGGAGGGGUGCAGUUGUUGGGCGUUGGGGGGGAUGGGAACCGGUUGCUGUCACGUGCUCAGAGCUGCAGUGUUGCAGAGCUGGACUUGAUGCCUCCGGAGCUCAUGAAAACCAUGUCGUUCCAUGCGCAUAGUGGCCAGGGCAAGGAGUUUUUCCUCCGCCAAGUCACGCUUCCCACACAGCGCACGUCUGCUGCUGAUGAGGUUUCUUCUUCUGCUGUUGCAGGGCCUGCUGCGUCUUUUGAUGCGCCUCGAAAGGCCUCUGCUGCGGGACCUGCUGCGUCCGCUGUGUCUGGUGCUGCUGAUAGUCGUGCUGGGGGAAGGGUGGUCAAAGCAACUAGAUCAGCCAGUAGUGGUGGUGGUGGUGAUGGUGGUGGUGGUGGGGUCAGCAGUGGUGGUGCUAGGACCGUUGCUGCCCCUGCUGCUCCUGCUGGGAAAGCAGCACUACCUGCUGGCACGGUAUCAUCAUCUGGAGCUGCAGCAAACAAGGGCCAAGCGAGCUUAAGAAUGAGGAAAAGUGGCAGCAUUACUGGUAGUAGUAGCAACCAGGGAGGCGGCAGUAAUCGCGAGGGUGGAGGCAGCAGCAGCGCUUUGAAGAGAGCGGAAGGCCAGAACUUUGGGAGAAUCGAGCAGCAGAGGAUGGUUAAAGGGGGAGAAAUAAGGAGGAAAGAGGGAGGCGAGAGAAUGAGGAGGGAUGGAAGUGAGGGGAGAAGUGAAGCUGGAGAGAGUAGGGCAAGAAGCGCAGGCUUCGUACCUGCCUUACCUGCUGAGUCUUCCUCCUCUUUCUCCCCUUCUUCAACAUGCUCCAGUCCCCCUCCUUCUGCACGCAGGGGGAGGAGUGUGAUUGUCGAUCCAGAGGGGAGAGACAGGAGAGGGAUGAGGGAGAAAGCAGUCGGGGCGGUGUCUGGAGUAAGCAGCUCUCUAGGGCAGGCUUUGAGGGGAGGGAGGAGAGGGGCAGGUGGAGCGACAGGGAGGGCUGCAGCAGGCGGUGGAGGCGGAAUUGGUGUUCAGAAUAGAGUGGCAGGAAGGGGAGGUGAGGUGGGUGGGAGAGAUAGGCCUUCUGUAGAGGACACUGCGUCUUCAUCUUUUCAGUCUGAUUACGGUGAUGAGGACGAGCUGGAGGAAGGUGAGGUGCAGGAUGAGGGGAUGAGUGUGGAGGACAAUGGUAGUGAUGAUGAUGGGAGAUAUGAAGAUUUAGAAGCUGCAGGGGAGGAUGAUGGGGAUGAGGAGGAUGGAGAAGAGGGUGAUGAUGCUGAAGGAAGUGAUGGUGCGGAAGAAUGGGAGGGAGAGGGAAGUAACAGUGAAGCCUCCGCCAACCUCCUUUCCAACCCCAGUUUUGAGGGCGGCAGCUGGGACAACUACGGCAGCGCCGUCACUUCCGCCUGCUUCCCCCCUUCCGCCUCUGCUGCCCCCUCCGGCCCUCUCCUGGGCACAUGCGGAAUCCGCCUCGCGCCCUCCUGCUCAUCUUCUCCAGGUGACUCCUGCUGGGGCGCCCUGGGUCAGGUGGUUCCAACAGAGCCAGGUGCCGUGUACCAGCUGCAGUUUUACUUUACUGUUCCAGCACCCUCCUCCUCCUCUUCCUCUUCCUCUUCCUCCUCUUCCUCCUCCCUCUACACGCCACCGUUCGAGCUUCAAGUGAAGAUCAGCGGAGCACCAGUGCUCUUCACAUCCGAUUUUACCACCGCCACAACUGACACUAGCAGCAGCAGCCAGAGCAGCGUGGGAGGGUUGGUGCCGGGGCGAUUCGCCAUGGGGUCUGUGCUGUUUGCUGCGGCGGGGACAGGCAAUACGAGCAUUGUGUUCCAAGUCAACAACACGGCCUUCAGCGCUAUCAUUGAUGCUGCUGUGCUCACCAGAAUCUACCAGAAUGUGACGUCCCUCUUCUCGUUCCCAGCUCCUCCCUCCUCCUCUCCUCCUCCCCCGUCCCCCUCCUCCUCCUUCAUCUUUUCCGGCUCUGCUUCACCCAGCCCUGUCUUUGCAACCAGCCCCACCUCUUUGCGCCUCACACCACCCAUUGCUGCCGCUGCCUCUCCCACCGAUUCGGGCGCUGGUAACACUGGUGGUGGUGACACUAGCGGUGGUAGUAACCCAGCAGGCAGUGAGGAGAACUACUUUCUCCUUUCCACUGGCGCCGCUUUCUUCCCCUUGCCUCUGGACCUUCUCUCUCUCCCACCCGGCCCCCCUUCCUCCUCUUCUUCCUCCUCCUCUGCUUGCGCAUCAAACUCCUUUCUUUCAUCCUUCACUUUCACCGCACUCCCUACUACCGCCUCCUCCUCCUCCUCUCCCACGCCCGUGCCCUCUGGUGCACUUUCCUUCACUCUCUCCUCUACGCCUACAACUGGAUCAGGAGCAUCCUCCCUUGCAUUUGCACGCAUGUGCCACGGCCCACCCCCUGCUCCGCCUUCUUUCUCCUCCCCUCCACCCCCUGCCUCCUCCUCCUCCGCCUCCUCACCUUCAUCGUCCCCUGGGCUCCCUUUCCUAGCUCCUGGGAACGUGUCCAUUAUGCCGUGCCUUCCAAGCGUCGCUGUCCUCCUGAAUAGCUGGCAGGAUAUAUCCCUUGCUGACAGCAGCAGCAGCAGCAGCAGCAGCAGCAGCAGCAGCAGCAGCAGCAGCAGCAGCAGCAGCAGCAGCAGCAAUGGCAGCAGCAGUGAUGGUGCUGGUGGCAGUGCCAAUGCUCAAGAAACCGUAGGCCUGGCUUUCAACUUCGAUGCGAACCCUCUCUUUUCAACGCCUGCCACGGACCUACUUGCUGCUGCAGCAACUACCAGCAGCAGCAGCAGCAGCAGCAGCAGCACGUUUCUCGACGGACAGCCGCACACAGUCACAGUUGAGUACUGUGCCCCUACACGCACUCUCUCUGUCGCCCUCUUCUCUCUCCCUUCUCCGACCGAUCCUUCCUCCACCACCGAUCCUACUGCCUCCUGCCCUCUCUCACAGUACGUCGCCUCUACCAGCAGCAGCAGUGGUAGCAGCACAGGUGGCGUUUUCCAAGCACCGCUGGACCUCUGUACUGCUCUGUGGCCUGACACUCUCAGCAGUGCCAGUGGCAGCAGCAGUGGCGCAUGGCCGUUCUAUGCUGGUCUGGCGGCAACAGCAGUGGGGUUCGAGUAUCAGAUCUCCCAAUGGAGUUUCCAAGCUUUUCCACAACAGCAAGGCGCCCCCCCAGGCCCACCCGCAGGAGCCCCUCCGGUGACCUCUACUCCAGCAGGCACAGCGUGGGGUGCGAUCAGCAACGGAGGCUUCGAGUCUGUGCUGCUGCGCCCCUCACACUCCCUCACUGCACCGGACUCCACCUCUCUCCCUUACUGGCGCCUCACUCAAGGCAACGUGUCCGUCCUCGUGACACCCCCUCCUUCCUCCUCCUCCUCCCCCUCCUCCUCCUCAUCGUUGUCAUCCGAUUCUUCCACUUCUCCUUCCUCCUCCUCCCCCACCCCUGUUGACGGGUGGCUCCCAGGGGCCAAUAUCCCCCUGCGGCCCCUCAUUGGCUCAUCCAGUCUCGUCCUCCUCAGCUGCCCAAAUAUUUUUUUCCUCGGGCAGGCAUGGCCCGGGGCAGAGUGCACGUCGGGCAGCGUAGAGCAAGAAAUAAUAGUUUCAUCCGGGCAGCAGUAUAACCUGACCCUAUCAGUGUUUGGCACUCCUGGGGCGUCAGUUGAGGUGCAAGUCAAGGGGAAUGGCGUGGUGGAGGGAAGCACAGGAGGAGAGAUUGGCUUAUUCAAAACACUCACCCUGCAAUGUUCAGAUACCGUUAUCCCCUCUCCAUCCUCAUCAUCUUCCUCUUCCUCCUCUUCUUCCUCCUCUUCCUCCUCUUCCUCCUCUUCCUCCUCCUCGUCUUCGUCCCCUUCUCCCUCUCCCUCAACCCCUCCUUCCACAGAGUGUAAUGCCUCCACUGUAGUAUACAUCCAAUCCUCCUUCUCCCUCACUCCCUCUUCCACUUCAGCCACUGUCACCCUCACGCCUUUACCUCCACCAGCCGCCUCUUCAGCAGGUGGGGAAGGAAGCAGCAACAGCAGCAUCCAAGCUAGCAGUAGCAGUACCAGCAGUGUUACCGGCAGCAGCAGCAGCAGUGAGCGCACGUUCUUUGUUGCAGUUGACGGCGUUUCACUCCUGCCCAUCUCCUCCAAUGCAGCCGAUGCAACAGCCGGUGCAGCAGAAAGUGCAGCAAAUGCACCAGGGUCAGGAGGAGGAGGGGGGGAGAGCAGCGGAGGGAGUGGAGGGGGGGUGAGUCCGUGGGCGAUCGGUGUGAUCAUACUGGCAGCCCUCUUUGCGUCCUCCUGCAUUGGCUGCAUUUACUUCUGGAUCCAAGCGCGACGCAGCUCCCACAUCUUAACCUGGGAAGACACGGGAAUAGGCCAAGCCAAGGCGUUCCAAAUAUUCAAGCUCUCAGAGAUGCAGAGAGCAACAGACAAUUUCGCCCCGCGCCUGCUCCUUCCAGACGGCGCCCCUCCUGCUGAUGCCACCCCCACCACUCCCACUUCUGCUGCUGCUGCGGCGGCUGCUGCGGCUGCGGCUGUGGCUGCUGCGGCGGUUGGGGGCGUGGCUGCUACUGUUGGUGCUGUUGCCGGGGCAGCAGCACGCACGCCAAAAGGAAACGCUGAGAGACAUUGGCCCAGUAAUGCUGAUGGUGCUGCUGGUGCUGCUGUGACUGCUGGUGCUGCUACCACUGCUGCUGGUAAUGCUUCUUCUGGUGGUAGUGGUCGCGAUGCGUUUGUGGUUGGUGGCGGAGCAGGGGUGGGGGGCACAGGGGGGGCAUAUGGAGAUAUGUACACUGCGAGAGGACCAACCGGGCAGAUGUGGGCCGUGAAGCGAUACAAGCAGGUGGAGUGGGGGCUAUCAUUCCUGGAGGAGGUUGGUGUGGUGGCCAGGGCACAGCACAAGAGCGUGGUGCGCAUCCUGGGGGCGUGCCAUGAAGGGCUGGAGCGCCUAGUAGUCUACGAGCACCUUCCCCCGCGCUCGUCCCUCUUCCACCGCUUGCACCGGUGCCGUGAUGAUGUUCUGUCGCUGGAGCAGCGGCUGAGGGUUGCUGUGGAGGUGGCCGAGGGGCUGUGCUUUCUGCACUCGCAGCGCCCGCCGAUCGUGCACCGGAAUCUGAAGCCCGGGAAUAUCAUGGUGUCCGCAUCUGGGAUGCAGGCGAAGUUGGCGGAUCUGUGCUUUGCGCGGCUGUCCAGUGAGCGGCGCGGCAGCGUGGUGCCGAGAAGGGCGCAGGAAGAGGGGUAUGUGGACCCGGAGGUGGUGCUCAUGCCGCACCAGGCGCCACACACCAAGUCAGACGUCUUCAGCUAUGGCGUGGUGCUGCUGGAGCUGCUGACGGGGCGCCUGGCCAUCAUGCCUGACCAGGACGACCCCCACCAGCGUCUCAACAUCACUGACUGGGCCGUCCAUUACAUCAAGGAGCACGAGGUGCAUCUGAUCACAGACCCACGCAUCGCCAUCCCAGCUCACCUACAGGCCUUCCAGGCACUGGGAGAGCUAGCAGUGGACUGCGUCAAGAUGCCGUCCCUGCGCCGCCCUAGCAUGCCCACCGUACUGCGCCGUCUGCUAGUGAUUAUCAAGCGCCGCUUCAGCCUGCGGGGGACUCCGCCCCCCGAUCCCACCUUCAGUGGGUUCUAUGCUGAUGUGGCAGGUGAUGCGACAGAUGCUGCAGGGGGUGGUGCUGGUGGCGGUGCUGCUGCGGCGGCAGCAGCGGCGGCGGCGGCAGCGGCGGGUGGGUGUUUUUUCAGUGGGGAGAUGCUCAACAGCCAGGAUCUAAACGAGGCCUUUUUCAGUGGGGAGAUGAGCGGGGAUCUGAGUGGUGACUAUGUGAGCAGCCAAGCGCACGCCUUUGCCAGUGCUGCUGGUAGCGGCAGUGAAGGUAGGAGUGGUAGUUUCGGCACGGGUGGUGGUUCUGGCGCCCCGAUUCCCGGUCUGUCCGGCGAACUGGUGAGCAGGAGUGCGCUUAAGAGAGGUAGCAGGGCAGCGGAAGGGAGUGGUGGUGGUACUGUUGCUGCAGGAUCGGCUAUCAGUGAGGGGGACGAGGGCGACGGGGUUGGGAGCAGAAGCAGAGGGAGCCGCGGAACAGGGAGUGUUGGAGGCAGUAGUAGCAAGUCUGGCGGUGGUGGUGGUGUUGUUGGAUGUGGAGGAGGAGGAGAAGGAGGAGCAGUGCUGGUCUCUCUUCCUGAGGAUUCGGGUAAAGUUGACAGAUCUAGCGGCAUGGAUAGUGGGGAGGGUGUGGAGGGUGUGGAGAGUGGGAGGUUGGCAUCUGAGCUUGAGUGUGUGGCUCUGGUGGCAAGAGACGCGCCAGGACAAGUGCAGGAGGGAGGAGGAGGCGAUUGUUUAGAUGGAAGUGCUGAUCGUGGUGAUGGUGAUGGUGAUGAGCGUAACGAGGAGGAGGAAAUGGAGUAUGAUUCUGCAACUUCUUCGUCGCUUCCUCUGUCGGUGGGGUCUAGAACACGAGUGAGGAGCCUUGCACCUGCUGCUGCACUGGCACCAUCGCCACUUCUGCGAGUGCUCAGUGGGGAGAUAGCGGGGCCGUCGUCGGCGAGCUUGGCAAGGGGAGUGGGGUAUGAAGGAGCCGUGCAUUCAGGGGAGCUGCGCUCAGGGGACCUGGGCAGUGGGGUGAGCAACAGUGGGGAGAUUCCUUAUAGCUUUGGCAUGAGCGGUCUACGCGGAGGGAAAGAAGGCUUGACUUGA